UGAAUGAAGUGUUGAGUGUCUUCUCUCUCCAGUACAGCAGGAGGCGCUCUGCAGCUCUUUAGUCCGCCAAUAAACCCACUAAAGAAAGAAAGAAAGAGCUCGCGUGUGAUGUGUUUGUGUAUCCUCAGUGUUUUUCUCUCUUGAGUGUAAACAGAGUCUUCUCUUUAUUUUUUAGUGUUCAUGAUGAGAGAUGAGAUGUCCUGUAAAUCUACUGAUCAAACCUCCACAGAGUCUCUGGAUUCUGUCUGUAACGCUGGAGAACAACCGCAAAUCCUGCAGACCAAACUCAAGAUGUGUUCAGUCAAACCCAUCGACUGCACGAACCUCACGAUGAAGAUUAAAACUGAACCUACAGAAAUAAAAACUGAACCCAAAGAAAUAAAAACUGAACCUACAGAAAUAAAAACUGAACCUACAGAAGAAGAAUAUGAAGACAAUCAGGAUGGUCAUGAUUUUAUUCCUUCAGAUGUGAAGAGUGAAUUAUGUUCGGAUGGAGAAAUAACGUCCUCGACUCUUUCCUGCAUCACCGGUGGAGAGACAUUGAGCUCACAGAGACAUUUAGAGAGAGAACACACAGAACAUGAACAUCAUUUGAUGAAACACACCAAUGAGAGACCGUAUCAGGGCAGUGAAUGUGGAAAAACUUUUAGGGAUUCUGAUUCAUUGAAAAAACACCAGAAUAUUCACUCUGAAGAGAAACGCUAUAAGUGUUUACACUGUAAUGACAGUUUUGGGUAUAGAUCUAGUCUUAUAAUCCAUGAGAGAGUUCACACUGGAGAGAAACUUCCUCACUGCAGUGUUUCUGGGAAGAGUUUUAAUCAACAUCAACAUUUAGUUUCACAUCAGAGAACUCAUACAGUUGACAAACCUUACAAAUGCUCUCAGUGUGAGAAGUCGUUUGCUCAGCCAGGUUACUUAAUAAUCCAUGAGAGAGUUCACACUGGAGAGAAACCUUACGCCUGCCCUCAAUGUGGAAAGAGCUUCUCUGAUCCAUCUAAUGUCCGACUUCAUCAGAGAGUUCACACUGGAGAGAAACUUUAUCACUGUGAUGUUUGUGGGAAGAGUUUUGAUAAGCGUGCCAAUUUAUUGACACACCAGAGAAUUCAUACAGGUGAAAAACCUUACAAAUGCUCUCAGUGUGAUAAAACAUUUGCUCAGUCAGGUCAAUUAAAAGCCCAUCAGAUAGUUCAUAUGGGAAAAAAACCCAUAUCUUACAUCUGCUCGAUCUGUGGAGAGAGAUUUGCUCGUUCUAGAUGUCUCAGGAAUCAUCAGAAGAAACAUACUGAAGAACAAACUAAACUGAAAUCAUCAUAGUAUCUUAAAUUCUUUACACACUGUUUAUGUAUAUUCGGUGUGAAUGUUUGACGCGAUAACGUGCUAUAACAAAAACAAUUGAUUUCUAUAAAUAACUUUACCUUGGUUAUUUGCGACAUGAAAAGGUAGUUUUUACCACUGUAUAGAAUUUUCCCUAUUUCACCCGACAAAUAAACAGGUCGCCCAAAGAGAUCUGAACAUUUCGUCACAUUCCCCGAGCCACUGCUAAUAGUUAAAAAGAAGAGACAGUGGCUCUACAGCACACAAACUAUGGGUAUUUAGAGGAAGGUGGCAGAGAAUUCUGGAAAUCUGGGAAACCGAUUUUCCGCAUGAUCGCUGUGUGUAGACAUUUCUUAUGAUUGAUUAAUGUGUUAUAUUAGUUGAAUAGAUUUUUAAAUUCUCAUGUUGCUUAUCUGGCUAAUAAAUUAUUAUGCUUGGA